AUGGCAGACGAGGAGGACUACCUUUCGUCGAGUGAUUUGAAGGAUUGCUACCUCACUGAUCAUGAAGGCGUUAUCGAAGAGAAUGUCCUACAGGGCCUCGAAGACGGGCGCGAGGAAGAGUGCCACUGCUCACUGUCGUCAGUUAUCACAAAAGAGUCCCUUCUAGCAACACAGAAAGAGGAUUUGCGGAAGGUGAUGGAGCUGCUGGCUCUUAAAGAGCAGCAUGCGAGGACCCUUCUUAUUCAUUACCGCUGGGAUGUUGAGAGGAUCUUUGAGUUGCUCGAUCAAAAGGGAAGGGACAGAUUGUUCUCACAAGCAGGAGUAACCGUUGUCGAUAACAAAGGCUUAUCCACUUCAGUGAAUCCUGUCACCUGUGAUGUAUGUUUUGAGACCGUUCCUACAGAUGCAAUCACUGAAAUGGACUGUGGGAAUACUUUCUGCAAUGAUUGUUGGACUGAGCAUUUUAUAGUGAAGAUAAAUGAUGGACAAAGCCGUCGCAUUAGAUGCAUGACACCCAAAUGCAGUGCUGUAUGUGAUGAGGCGAGUAUAAGGAAUUUGGUCAGUGCAAGGUGUCCAGAUAUUGCUGAUUGUUUUAAUAGGCCGUCGGCGCUGCAAGCAGUAGCGAUCAGACCUCAUCGCCGCCUCAGGCCUUAG